AUGACCUCUGUGGUCAACCUUGGUAUUACUUCGGCUAUUCUGGGAGGACUGCUCAGUCACCAUGAGCGCCUAGAGAAAUUUGUUAGGGUGAACUUCAAGAGAUGGCAGCAAAAGAUGCUGAUCUAUUUGACCACGCUGAACCUUGCAAAGGUUUUGAGCGAGGAUCCUUUAGUCAUGGCAGAGAAUGAACCAGACAGGCAGAAGAUCAUGGCACUUGACACAUGGAAGCAGAUAGACUAUCUUUAUCGGAACUACAUGUUCAACAGCUUGGCAAACUCACUCUACAUUGUGUUUUGUGCCAAGAGCUCAGCAAAGGAGCUAUGGGAAUCUCUGGACAAGAAAUAUAAGACUGAGGAUGCCGGGGCAAAGAAAUUUGAUAGUAGAAAAAAAGGAGAGAGUACCUCCUCUGUGAAGGCCAAUGUCAUUGAGCAUGGCAAAUCUUCUGGGGUGAGGAAGAAGCCCACUGUGAACAAGGGCUCAAAGCUGGGGCCAAGGGGUGGUGUUGCAAAGAAACCAGCAUACAAGCCGCAGAAACCUAGUUAUCGGUUCUUAGGGAAGUGCUACAAUUAUGGUAGCGAGGGGCGUCGGGCUAGUGACUGCUGUAAGCAGAGGAAGCCAUACAAAACCAAUCCUCGUGCUCACAUGGCAAAUAUGCAAGAGCACUCCCAUGAUGAGGAUGACAUGCACUUGUCUUCCGCUGUCUCUAAGGUGAAUAUGGUGGGUUCAAACCCAAGAGAAUGGUGGACUGAUACUGGGGCUACGAGCCACAUCUCCUCCGAGAAGAAGCUGUUUACAACUUUCGAUCCGGUUACAAACGGCGAGAAGUUGUUUAUGGGGAAUUCUGCUAACUCAAUUGUUGGGGGGAAAUAA